AUGGAUGGCGUUCCGUGUAUUGAGGACCAUCAACGAGUGACGAUCCUAAUUCGUCAGGUCGGACCUCGAAAUCCCACUGUUUUCAAUCGGAUCGUCGAUCGUUUGGCACGUCAGCGCUCAAUACAAGUUAGCGACAACCCGAAACGCACAUUCCAUGCUAACUUUGUCACAACUGUGAACGCAGAACUCGUUAGAUUUGGGGAGCUCCAGGCCCACCGUAGAAUAUUGGGACUUAUUGGUGUGGCAUGUGCUCAGUCGCCGACAUCUGCUGGUGCGGUUAGGAGAACGGUAUCUUCGUCACUUGAUGAUGGCGCCCUACGUCGAAGCGCCCAUAUUGUUGAGCGUCGACGCUCAUCACUAAGCUCCGGCUCAACUUUGGAAGAACUUAAGAGUAACUACGAGAAAGUGAAAAACGAUUACGCAGCCACACUCGUUGAUAGUCGUUGUAUCUUGCUAGGAUAUGAUGAGGAAUGUCCACCGUGUCCGAUUUUACCAGAGGAAGAAAAGUUCAGAGUCGGCUUAGAGAACAAAGCGUCGAAGACGUACAAGCGAAAAUGCUUGGGACGAUCGCGUAAGCAAAACGCUGAUUACGCAAUGCUAACAGGACUUCCAAAACUGGCGUUAGACUCAUAUGCAGCAUCUAUGGACCCUCUUAGAUCCUCUAAUGACAUGCUGUGGUUAGCAGGAGCUUGUGAAGGAUGGGCUUGUGCAGCGAUGUCACUUCUGUAUGAUGGCCUUUCAUCAUAUGGAACAAUGUACCGUGUAGCAAGUAUGACUCCAGCGCAAAUGCGAGACAUAAGUAUACCUUCGCUAGGAGCAGCUGUAAGCGCCGAUGCUACAUUUCAACAUACAAUAGGGGCGUCACUAGGGCACCAGCGCCAUCGUUCUGAUGAAAAUGCACGCGUGCCUGUCAGCGAUGAUGAUAACGAUGGAAGUGAAGGUCGUCGAUCUCGAAUGCCGUGGGCAGUACUUCGUGGUGAAAGAUCGAAGGAUAAAAUAGAACCCGCUGUCAUACUCGACAAGUUCGAACAAGCACUGGAAAACUAUUCGAAGUUUUCGUUUGCUGCAAUGAUCGAGUAUGAUUGUAUGAUGAAAGCCGUAUCUCUCUAUCGAUAUCAGCGGAUGUACGUCGAAAUGGAAACGUUCCAUCGCGAUCACAUCUGCAAGUACUUGGAUGACAGUUUCACAAGGUUUGAUAAUCACACAAAAGCGGCUAUAUGCAGCAACUCUGCUGCUCUGUAUAGGGAGGUGGGGUUUCGACGAAAAUGCUCCUUUUUCUCCCGCCUUGGCGUUCUGUUCCGUCUACAAAUUGCCGAUGGUGAACAACGAACUCCGCAAGACUACAGAGCUGUGUACCCGAUAUUGUACAGAACUCUUCCUGGUUAUGGAAUAAAGGAGAAUGUACGUGAAGUUGCUCAGGACGGGGUUCUGAAAGGUCCCAUUCAGCUACAAAUAAAGGCCCUACAUGAGGUGUAUACGGCUGCAUCGAGGGCCGAGCUGACAGACGCAGCUAUUCGGCACCUUUGUCAUUUGAUUCAGGUAUACUAUGACGACAUGGAACCGCUAUUGGCAAAUCGUUUAUUCGAUGACCUACAGAACCUAGUCCGCAUCAAGGGCAGUCCACCGCAAUUGAAUCAACGUAUAUCGGUGCCAGUCGGGAACAUCAUCCUUCCUUCAAUCCAGCUGACAAGAUUCCCAAUGGUCAAUGAUCCAAUUCUUUGUCCUCUUCCACCUCAUCUGGCACCAACCGUUAUAGAAGCUAAAGCUGGCCAACCACAGCUAUUUAUCUACUCUCCAUUCCAACAGAAGAAACCGUCUAACGAAAUAUACUGGGUUGUUGACUGCGCUGGUGAGGUUUCGAUUCUCGUUUACAACUGUCGCCCUUAUGAGUUAGUUGUGAGGGAGUUGUGUUUACUCGCUGACGGCUGUGUUUUUGAGUCAGUUCCUGUGCGACUUAUUCUGCCGUCAGCAAAUGAAGGUGCUCCUGCAAGGAUCAAACUGAUUGGCGUUCCAAGGACGCCGGGUUUACUAACAAUUACGGGUUAUUGCUGUGAAGUAUUCGGUGUGAAAAAUGUUUGUAAACUUUUCGGAGCGAAGGGGCCUUUGAAGGUAGAAGUUCUUCCGUCGUUAGCUGUGCUUCAACUCGAGUCGUCUUUACCCCGAGCUCCCAUAGAAGAAGAUCUGAACGAGCGGAGCGCAGAAAUCACUGUAUACUCUGGACAGCUAUUCGAGCAUUCCCUCACUGUGAGAAACACCAGCUCGACGAUUGCAAUCCGUAAAGUUCUCCUGCAAGUAUGGCAGCCGAAGGUCUCAGGAGGCCCUUCCAUGAUUGAACUGUCGAGCCAAACUGAUGAUGAAUCGUUCUCUCUGGCACCACUCGAGGAAAAGGAAAUUAAAUUUCGAAUAUUCGGGAUCGACCCCACCGCCACAGCCGAUGAUGAAGGCGCAGAGGAAAGGAUCGUCGAGACUGUGCUUCCUCUUGCAUCUACAUUGGCUGAAACGACUCCUGACAGUGAAGCACACGAUUUGAUACCAUAUACUGGUCGUCUGCUCACCUGCCAGUUCCUGUUCCAAUAUAUCGCUGAUGUUGUUGGCCCAGACGAAAAGUCGUACGAAAGAAAUGCCCGGCUUUCAAUUGCUGUAUGUGUUGUACCUGCAGUGACAGUCUCAGCCUGGCAUGUUCUACCCGGUGACGGUCCAUUCACCAGAUAUAUAGUCGUUGAUGUGACCAAUAGUACAGAGCACGAUGCUGAGCUGGUCUACAGUUCUAAUCGUCGAAUGAACGUACUCCCCAAGGAGACAUGUAGGUGA